AUGAGUACACAUAUAUGGCCAUUAACUCCUGGUCAAACUUUUAUAGUGGCACCACGUACCAGUGAUUUGCCGGGAAUAGAAUUAAAUGACAAUGAGAUUAUCGAAACAUUGACGUUACCGCAGGCCAACGUGUUGAUCAUGUUGGCCCCUGCGAGGGUACUAGUCUAUCAAUAUAAACCACUUGCACUAAUUGCAGCGCAUGAGAGGACUGCUAGUUCAGUCACUGAAUUUGGAAGAAACAAGUCCAUGGCCUCUUCAAUAAUUUUCGAUAAACCUAUAGAUGGACUGAUGACAGCUAAGGAUUCCAAUCAAUUGUCAAAUCUUAAAGGCAAAACUGUCUUCUACGUGAUUACUGAAGGGAACUUUCUAUUGACAUUUCAAAUUCUGAGGAAUACUUCCUAUGCAACUGUCUUCAAAGAUUAUGGUAUCCCUGUGCUUGAUCUAGCACGGCAUAGCGAAAAUAUGGAGGAAUUGUUCGAUAAUACUAUAGAUGAUGAUACAUUAACUGUUUUUGAUAGGAACAAAAGCUCUAGAGUCAUUCAAAAUGGCUACGCCAUUACAAAAGAAAAGAGAUUUCUCCAAUUUCUGGUUUCAAAUAAUGAAGUCGAAAAUGAGAUGCCUAUAAAAAAAGCAGAGCUACGUUUAAAAGUUAUACUGAAGUUUGAUUCCAACAUACUCGAUAUAUUGGCUUUCAAGAAGUUCUCGGAUGACAAGGAUGGGCGUUUUGAAGAAAAUCUAUUGAUGUUAUUUCCUCAUGGUCUACAGAUAUUGAGUCUAAAGGACUUCAAACUCCAAGGAAGUUCCACAAUAAAGAUAAAAAAUGGUUUCAAAAUUUGCACAUGUAAUGAUAAACUAAUUGUAGUUAGUGAAGAUAAAAUAAACAAAUCUCAAGCUAUCAAUAUUAUUAAUUUCAAAGAGUUGACUUGUCAGGAAUUUCUUCUCAAUAAUAACAGUACAUUAAUAACAUGUUUGGAAUACAGUAAUAGAAUAUUGCUUGUUUUCCACAACAAAAUAAAAUAUUUCAAUAUUAAAACAAAGAAGUCUGAUUAUGAAUGGGACGCUCCGUUUCCUAUUAAGCUUUGCAAAAAGUUAGAAAGUAACUUGUUACUGUUAAUAAGUGAACAUAAUGCACUUCAUUUUGUAACACCCUUCGGGAACUCACUUUUUUCAACCGACUAUGAUGAUGACAGUUCAAAAUCUUCUUCCUUUGAGUACGUAAACUUUGCUUUCAUGGAUAAAACGUUGGUGACUGUCUGUAAAGAUGGCAGUUUCCAGGUAUGGAAUUUUUGGGAGGAAAUAAAGGAUUCAUGCUUCAAUUUUCGUUCUCCUAGACCCUACCUAUUUUCCAAUAAUUUCAAUGAUAUCAUGUUCUAUACGUCAUUGGGAGAAGCGCCACUCAAUCAUGACAGCUUUCCAAUAACAAAAUUACCAACUAGAACUCCUAACAAUCAUGUUUCUUUAACCAAAGUUAAUGGUAAUAUGAAAUUAUUAGCAGUUCACAUUUCCAAUAAAAAUCUGUUAUUGAUUCAAAAUAUGGAAACUAAUGCUUGGAUAUCAUUUUCUGAUUUAAUUAUUAUCGACAUGUAUUGGCUGGGAAAUAAUUAUUUGGUAUGUCAGAUUAAAGGAGAUGAUGGAAGCAUUUCUAUAGAGUGCGCAAGAAUCCCCCUGCAAAAACCUUCAAACAUAGAAUUCUCAGAAUAUAUUAUAUGGAGGUAUGAUGUUCCUGAAUCCAUGGCAAACUGCAGAAUUUUUGUCAAUACAUUGUAUAGAUAUAAAUUAUUAAAAGUAAAAAGCAAAGAAACCGAGAUUAACGAAAAGCAACAACUAGAAAAGUUUUAUAAAACAGCCGAAGUGGUACUUGUGAGUCCAAAGGAAACAAUUAUUUUUGAUGUGAUAUCCAAUAUCACUAUAAGUGGUUUAAAUAUUGUGAGAAGCUUUUACAAGUAUGCGACGAUAAAGUUGCCCUCUGAGUUACGAAGCGACUCAAUAAAUUGGGUUACAAACUACAAAGACGGCCUAUUAAUAUUUUCAGAUAGUACUAUGACAAAGGUCACGCCAAUAGGUGAAAAUAAUUGGCAACAUGUUGAAUUAUUACAGCAGGUAGAGCGCGUCCUGGAUGUGAUCAAGGAUGAGAUAUUUAUAAUGCAAGGUAAGAAACUGCUGAUCUAUAAAUUAGAUGAUUUAUGGGAGGAUAAACAAGCCCUUCUCACAAUAAAUGUGGAAGAGAAUUUAUAUCCUGUUUCUGUUUCACCAGAGUAUGCCGUAACGAAUUCAUUACACUGUGUUUUUAAUGACAAUUUCUCGAAAUUGGUAGUAGGGCAUGAAAUUUAUUUGGACAAAUUGAUUUUGGCAAAAAUGAAUGAAGGUACUCCUCUAGAGACUAUAACUGAUGAUUACCACUCCCUAAAGCAUUACAAAUUUGCUUUAGAGAAAAUAUUAUCUUUUAAGAUUCUGAAAGAUGAUGAUCUACAAGAAAUUCUACAAUUGAUAAAAUUGUGUCAUAGCACACCUGAACAAUCAUCUAAGAACCCACAUCAUGACUUUUUGGAAAUUAUCAGCAACUGUCUCAGAAAGAUUGAGACAAAAUAUUGGAAUAUGUUAUUCAACAGUUUGAAAAUGACCCCGAGAGAUUUACUGGCAUUAUGUCUCGAAAGUAAAGAGGCCCAGAUACUGGGUGUAUUACUUAUUGUUUUCUUAAACUAUGAUGAAGUUGAUCUACUGAAUGAUUUACGACUUGAAAACAGAGAACAGAAAGAGACCAUUCAUGAAGAAGAUCAAGAGGAUAAGUUUGCGCCACCUCUGACGGGAUCAAGUGAUAAUUUGAAUGAUGAAGAGUUAAUGUUACGUGUACUGAGAGUUCUUGUGACAAAUGCAGCCAGCGAAACAGAUCCAAAUAAGGCAUCAGAAUCCUGGGACAUGUGUUUCCAGCUUGUUCGACUUCUCAAGGAACUGGACAAGCAGAAUCAUACUCGUUUAGUCCAAACUGCAAUCGAAAUGUUUCAACUAUCUUAA